AGUUAUUUCAAUUUUGUUUCAAUCUUUUCAUUAAUUAUUAUUAUCAGUCAUAAAUGGAUUUGCUAGACCUUUCACCAUAUUUUUUUGUUCUAACCUCUUUAUCUCUCCUCCUCCAUUAAUCGACAUUUCCUACCUUUUUCUCUACUGCACAGACACACAACAUUGGAAGCUUUUGUCUAAACCACUUAAACUAUGGAAAGGAUGGCGUCGCGCAAGGAGAAGCGGAAAGCUGCUAGACAAGAAAAGAAACAACAUAAGCAUCAAUCUCUGCUUCAACAUCAGAUAUUUAGCAAGUCUAAAAGGAACUCAAACAAUUUGAGGAAUGGUAGUGUGAAAGAGGGUAUGAUUUCUUCGGUUGAGAAUGUGAGUACAGAAGGAAAGAAUAGGAAGUUAUCUAUGAUGGAGAGUGAUAGUGACGGCGGUAAUGCUAAGCCUGCUGUUAAGAGUAGGAUGUCCAAGUAUCAAAAGAAGGUCGGUAAAAAGAGGACAGGGUUUGAGGAGUUUUUGGAAAUGGAUAUGAAGUCAGGGCCGUCGAUGGAGGAGGACUUGGAAAUGGAACGGAAGUUGGCUAAAAGACUGAAAUUGAAAAAUGGGAAAUUGGAUGAUGGUGGUGAUGGACUUGAUUUCUUAUUUGAAGGUAUCCCGUCUUUUCAUGAUUCAUCUGAGAAAGUAUACGAUAGACAAGAUGACAGUGAAACAGAAAGUUUACUAGAAGACGAUGAUAGGAACAGAAAGAAAAAGAGAAAGAAAAUGAAAAAAUCGGGGCGAGAGAGCAAUUUAUUUGCAUCUGGUGAUGGGGAUGAGGCAAAUGACAGCAGCGAAACAGAAAUUGUUGGAAGGAUUGAAAAGAAAAAAAGCAAGAGGAGAAAGAGUAAGAGAAGAAACGUGGAGCAAGAAAGUGUUUCUGAUGAUGGUGAUGAUGCUACUGAUAUGAAACAAGCUGAAAACAUGUCACUUGAUUCAGAUGAAGAGGGUGAGGAAACUACAGUGUUAGAAACGGAUUCUGGGUUACAGAGCAUUGGCAAGUAUGUUGCACCUCAUUUGAGAUCUAGAUCUGGUGAUGAUUUGCAAGAGUAUGUACAAAUUCGAAGACGAGUACGAGGUCUGCUGAACAGGAUGUCUGAGUCUAAUGUGGAGUCUAUUACUGGAGAAAUUUUCUCAAUAUUUCAGUCUGUCAGUCGUGCUAUUGCAUCACAAAUUGUCAGUGAAGAGGUUUUGGCUUCAUGUGCUGGAGGUCCACGAGGAAAUGAACAGUAUGCAGCAGUAUUUGCAGCAUUUCUAGCUGGUAUGUCAUCCAUGAUUGGAAUAGACUUUGGUGCGAGGUUCAUGGCAUCCCUUGCAAAAUCAUUUGAGGAUGAAUACUCCAAGGAAGAUAAUCUCUCCCUCAGAAAUUUGUCACUUCUCCUUUCCUACUUGUGCAUAUUUGGAGUGUGCUCUAGUGACUUGAUAUAUGAUUUUCUGAUCAAGCUAAGCAAACAGCUGGCAGAGAUUGAUGUUUCUAUUAUAUUAACGAUUUUACAAUGUUGUGGAAUGAAGUUGCGGGGGGAUGAUCCUACUUCCAUGAAAGACUUCAUCUCAAGUGUUCAAAGUAGAGUGAAUGAGUUAAAGGCUACAUCAGGAGAUGCGGAGAUGGUUACAUAUAGCAAGAGGAUGGAAUUUAUGCUUGAGACUAUAUGUGACAUCAAGAAUAACAAGAAGCGUGCUAAGGAGGAUUCUUCACCACACACGCGUAUCAAGAAAUGGCUGCAAAAGCUUAGAGUCGAUGACAUUACACUCAGGGGAGUCAAAUGGAGUAAGCUGCUUGAUCCCAACAAGAAAGGGCAAUGGUGGUUUUCUGGGGAUCUAUCUUCUCAAACAGAAAAUGUUCGUAAAGUUUCUGGUAAGAUGGACAAAGAGGUUAAUGAGGCCCAAAAAAUGCUGAACCUUGCUGCCAAACAAAGAAUGAAUACAGAUACCAGAAGGGCAAUUUUUCUUGUUAUAAUGAGUGGAGAAGAUUAUAUUGAUGCAUUUGAGCAACUAUUGAGCUUGAAUCUGCACGGAAAGCAGGACAGAGAGAUCAUGCGAGUUCUUGUUGAGUGCUGUUUGCAGGAAAAGUCCUUCAAUAAGUAUUAUACAGCUCUUGCUUCUAAGCUUUGCAGUCAUGACAAAAACCACAAGUUCACUCUUCAGUAUUGCCUUUGGGACCAUUUGAAAGAGCUGGAGUCCAUGCCUUUGAUGAGAUCAAUGCACCUAGCUAAGUUUGAGGCUGAAAUGUUUGCAAGCUUCACUCUUUCCCUUGCUGUUUUGAAAGUCGUUGAUCUGAUUGAUGCCACCCAGCUUACUGCAAAGAGGAUAAUGCAUUUCCGGAUGCUCUUUGAGGCACUUUUCGAGUACCCAGAUAAUGUGGUGUGGAAUGUUUUUACACGAGUCACCAUUACCCCUGAGCUGGAAGAACUCCGAAAUGGCCUGGAGUUAUUUAUCAGAGAGUAUGUUGUAAGCACAAAUAAAACUGCUGCUAAAAAGUUCAAGCUUAUUAAGAAAGCGCUUAACAACGCGGAAGGUGUUCUGAUGUAGAUCUAAUCACAGGCCGCAAGUUAAAAUAGGAAAUAACAGUUACUUGCUAGCUAACCCAACGGGUUAAAGUUUUGGUCAGUUGAGUAAUGACAGAUGAAGGAAUUUCACCUUGAAAUUUAAAUAGGAAGGACGUGUAGAGUGAAAUUUUGUUUUAUUUAUCACUUGUUAAAUUAUCCAAUAAAAUAAUUUUUGUGAUGAUUUCAUUACCAUUUGAUGGCUUUGCAAUUUUUUGCAAGAACAUCUAAUGAUUCAUCUGACGUUA